AUGUGCCUCGUGAAGCGCACGCGCCUCUCCUUGGAGCUGCUGGCGGUGGAGCGGUUCUGCUUCGAGUCGGCGCUGGAGCGCAUCGGCGGCUUUCAGAACUCCACGGUGACCUUUGUGCUGGUGGAAAUCACCGGACAGCUCUCAGCUCUUCAGCUGAGCGAGCUCAUCCGCAGAGCAUGCGGGUCCAUUCGCCUGGUGUUCAGCUGGUACCCGGGGCUUCUGCCCAAGUUAGCCCUGACCCUGUCGCUGGGCAGCGUUCUUCUACCCAAGUCCCUGGAGGCGGACUUGAGCUCCCGAUGUGCCCCAACGCUGUACCGUGACACCUUUCCGCUGGGCCAAGUCACCUUGUGCUGCAGCCAGAUGCAAGAUGCGGAGCUGUUGAGCCCCCUGGAUGGCUUGGACUUGGCCUUGGCAAGGGCACAAACAAGGAAGCCAAGCCAGCGUAUUGACUGGGCGAAAAACCUGGAGCAGGCCCGAGCAUUCCUUCAAGAAGCGCACGCCUGGAUGGAGCGAGAAGCAGAAUGGCGCAGUGCAUCUGGUCAGCGACAAGAGAUGCUCCUCUUGCUGGUGGCCUCUGAUGAGGCCUUGGUGCAGCGACACUACGGCGCCAUGGACGGGGUUCACAUCUUUCGGCUGAACCACGCGGAACGGCAGGUGCUGGCUCCUGUGGAGGCACUUCUGGAGCGCGUUGGCCCCAGCACGCCAAAGCUUCCAAUCAUCGUCUUGCUGGGAGUGGGCUUUAUCACACCUUCCAAGCUCGAGGAUUUGGUGGCUCGGGCGUAUGUCUCUGGCGUGCGGGUCAUCCUAGUCGCACCUGAGCCGUUAGCCUUCCUGCGGUGUAUCCGUGUGACCACGCGGCGCGGCACGGAGUACUUGCAGGCCACUGUCCUCAACGUCAGGAGCGCACCCAGCGCAGAUGGUCCGGACAGCCUCCAGCUGGCGACGCGUGCUUUGCGCAUUGUCCUAGGGGCAGCGCCGUCCAAGCCGCUGCUGGAGGCGAUGGAGGCGGGGGCAAGUGCUUAG